CUAACUACUAGUAUUGAUGCUUAACCCAAACUAUGCCAUUUUAAUGUUUAAGUAGUAAAUUCCCUUUUCUUGAUAAAAUUUCAUUUUCAACUGAACAGGCUAUUGCAACUGUUUUGCAUCACUCUAUAACAAACCUACAAGAAUGGCAAUGUGUGAGAGGUCCCCUCGCGCACCGGAGAAGAAAGUACGCGCACGGGUAUUCCCCGGAAAAGCGGUAUUUGCGCUUCUGCAUGGCGAGCUUUUUCAUCGGUUUGAUUUUUAGUGCAGGAUUCCAGUCAGCGACAUCAACACGCCAAUACAGGAUCCAAGUUUUGAUCUCGAGACAAGACUGUGAGAAGCACACUGACAGAAGGCUUGGAGAAGGCAGUACCAGUCCAAGAGAUAUCAUGGGUGAAGUCUCAAAGACACAUAAGGCCAUUCAGUCAUUAGAUAAAACCAUAUCGUCGCUAGAGAUGGAACUCGCUGUUGCUAGGACAAACCAAAUCGGGCAUUCUUCAUUUGGAUCUUCAGCAUCGGGAUAUGACAAGGGGUUGAAGAAGGUUUUUGCAGUGAUCGGUAUUAACACUGCGUUCAGCAGUAAGAAGAGACGGGAUUCUCUUCGUGAAACUUGGGUGCCAAAAGGCACCAGUCUUAAGAGAUUAGAGGAGAAAGGCAUCAUCCUUCGAUUUGUGAUCGGUCACAGUGCGACCCCUGGUGGUGUUUUAGACCGUGCAAUCGAUGAAGAAGAUGCUGAGCAUAGGGAUUUUCUUAGGCUCGAGCACGUCGAAGGAUACCAUGAGCUCUCGACCAAGACAAGAGUGUAUUUUUCAACAGCAGUGUCUCUUUGGAAUGCAGAUUUCUACUUGAAGGUUGAUGACGAUGUGCACGUUAAUCUUGGUAUGCUAAUGUCAAAACUUGCCAGAUACAAGAGCAAACCAAGGAUUUACAUUGGUUGCAUGAAGUCCGGGCCUGUUCUCUCUCAUAAAGGAGUGAAAUAUCAUGAACCGGAAUUUUGGAAAUUUGGACAAGAGGGGAAUAAGUAUUUCAGACAUGCAACUGGUCAAAUUUAUGCAAUUUCUAAGGAUCUCGCAGCAUAUAUAUCUAUCAAUGCGCCAAUAUUGCAUAGGUAUGCUAAUGAAGAUGUUUCUUUGGGCUCUUGGUUACUUGGAUUGGAAGUUGAACAUAUCGAUGAUCGAACCUUUUGUUGUGGAACACCACCAGAUUGCGAGUGGAAAACACAAGCUGGAAAUGUAUGUGUAGCAUCAUUCGAUUGGCAAUGUAGCGGGAUAUGCAAAUCAGUGGAGAGAAUGAAGGAUGUGCACAACACUUGUGGAGAAGGAGAUGGAGCUAUUUGGCAUGUUGCUAUCUAGACGAUGAAUACUCAGAGAACAUUUUGGAGGGAUUUGUGUUAUGUAUUAUGUGAGCGUGAUGAAAGAGGGGGCAUUUAGGCAUUCUUUUAAUCAAAAGUUUAUGUAUGUGUUUUUCAAGUAGAGAAGUUGAAGAAGGAUGAUUAUUAAUAUUACUGUAGUCAUAAGUUUGACUUAAAACUAGUUGUAUUUGCAAUUGUAACUAUUUGUUUUGCUAUA